AUGCCACCUAAAAAGAAAGAAGCUAAACAGUCGCCAGACUUAUCGCUUGUUGGUGACUCCAUUGAUUCGUCAUUGCCUUCAAUCCAAGCCUUUAAAGACAUGCUUGACAGUCGACUCAACAUGCAAGAAAAAAAGAUUGAAGCCCAGAUAAAGGAUCUUAAUGAUGUUGUCCGCAAGCAACAUAAAAAGUCUCAAGAAGAAAUGCUAGUCAUUCAAAAUAGCCAAAAUUUUAUUGGUGCUAAAUUCGAUGAACUAUUAGCUGCAGUAAACUCAUUAAAAGAGGAAAACAAUCAGUUGAAAGUCGAAAAUGAAAAAUUAAAGUACGAGAUGAAUCAAAUGAGUUCGAAAAUACUUGAGUUAGAGGAAGCGCAAGAAGAUCUUAAAUUAUAUUCUCGAAGGGAUUGCCUGGAAUUCCACGGCGUACCCGAAAUGCCAAGUGAGAAUACUGAUGAGUUGGUUACUGAAAUGUGUAAGUUAAUUGCAGUCGACAUUCAACCUUCUGAUGUCUCAGUGAGUCAUCGUUUACCAUCUAGAAAAGGUACUACGCCUCCAAUAAUUGCUAAAUUUACCAGUCGAAACAUCAGAGAUGCUGUAUACCAUAAUAAAGGUCGUUUGAGAGGUCUCAACUCAUCAAAUUUUGUUGGUUUUUCGCAAUCAGUGAAUAAAUUAUAUAUUAACGAAAGCUUGACUCCUAAAGCCAAGGAGCUGUUUUAUAAAGUGAGGGAAUUCCGGAGAAAAUAUAAUUUCAAGUAUGCUUGGACCAAAUAUGGCAAGUCCUAUGUGAAGAAAACUGAUACUGAUGCUGCUGUAUCAUUCAAAUCAAUGAAGGAGUUUGAGUUGUUCAGUGCAAAUUUUACACCCUAGCUCUCUAUGAAGCUAAGUAAUUCUAAAUAAUUAAUGUAUAUUAAUUUUAUUUAUCAUGCAGUCUUCAAUGUCAAUGAAUGCUUUGCCUUUUCAUGGUCUUGACGACUUUGAAUUUUUCUUAGAAAUGUUUGAGUUAAAAAACGGCCCUAUUAAUUUCAGUCAAGAGAGAUUAAUCAGUUUAAAUUAUAAUCCAUUGAUUUCGGGUGCAGGCCAUCGCCCCUUUCUGUCUAAUGAUCUGGACCCAGAUUCACAUUUUUAUGAUAAUUUCGUUAACCACUGCGAUUAUUUUGUUGAAGAUCAGUUUAACAAAAUGUUAAAUUCACAGAUUUCCUGUGCUUCCAGUUUUUCAUUAUUUCAUCUAAACAUCCGCAGUCUUGAAAGUAAUUUAUCAAAUUUAACAAACUUAUUAAGUACUCUGAAUAUUGAAUUUUCAGUAAUUGGGAUAACUGAAACUUGGCUAAAAAACUCAGAACACUCUGUUGAUAUUGAGGGAUAUAAUUUUUUUCAUAAACACAGGGUUAAUAAAAUUGGUGGAGGUGUUGGUUUGUUGGUUUGUACUUGUCGGAUUGCUUUACCUCUAAAAUACGUACUGAUUUAAUUUUUGAUGAUGAUGAUGUUGCGGAAUCCUUAUUUAUUGAAGUUUGCAUACCACAUGGUAAAAAUAUCGUUAUUGGAAUAAUUUAUCGACCACCAAAUCAAAAUGCCAAUUCUUUUCUAAGCAAGUAUAAUGAUAUAAUAGGAAAAAUUUCUAAUGAAAAUAAAACCUGUUAUAUAAUGGGGGAUUUUAACCUAAAUUUAUUGAACUAUGACAGUCAUUCCUUGACUUGUGAAUUUUUAGAUGGAAUGUAUUCAAAUAUGUUUAUUCCUCUUAUAACUUGUCCAACAAGAAUAACAGCUCAUACUUCAACAUUAAUCGAUAACAUAUUUACGAACAACUUUUCUUCCAUAUCUACAAGUGGCCUGUUAUUUACAGAUAUUUCUGAUCACUUGCCUGUGUUUUCAAUUAGCUGUGAAGGCAUGAAUUAUUGUGAUAAUACAAUGAAAAAAUUACUUUGAGAGAUAAAAACAAAACUAAUAUAAAUAAAUUCAUUGAGCAAUUGGGUAGUAUUAACUGGUCCCAACUUAAAUACUAUGAUGACCCUUACAAUUCUUACAAUACUUUUUUAGCUAAGUAUACAGAAAUUUAUAACAACUGUUUUCCUUUAAGAAGAAUAAAGAUAAAACAUCACAAGAUUGACAAGCCUUGGUUAUCAAAAGGUUUGCUAAGAUCCAUAAAAAGGAAAAAUAAACUAUAUAAAUAAUAUAUAAGUGACCCAACUCUUGCUAAUGAGAUAUCUUAUAAAAAGUAUAAAAACCAAUUGACCCACUCUUUGAGAGUUGUUAAAUCAUUAUAUUACACAAAGAGAUUAGAAAAUGAGAAAUCAAACAUUAAAUCUACUUGGAAGACACUUAAUGAAGUCAUAAAUAAGAAGCGGUCAAAAUUGAAUUUCCCAUCAUCAUUUAAAGUAGAUAAUUUUGAAAUUUCUGAUCCCAUAGAAAUUGCUAAUAGAUUUUGUAACUAUUUCUCAAACAUAGGUCCAAAUCUUGCUAAAAGAAUACAAUCUACUCCUAACUCUCAUCUAAAUUCUCUUGUAGGCCAAUAUCCUAAUUCCAUAUUUUUUAACCCGGCAACAGAAAAUGAAAUUAUUGAGAUUUCUAAAAGUUUUCAAUCAAACAAAACAUAUGGAUAUGACAAAGUUCCCAUGUUAAUAAUAAAGCAAACUAUAAACAUAAUUGCUAAACCUCUAACUCAUAUUAUCAACUUAUCUAUUACUCAUGGUAUUGUGCCAAAUGAAAUGAAGAUUGCUCGUGUUAUUCCCCUAUUUAAAUCAGGUGAUAGAACACUAUUUACAAAUUAUAGACCAAUUUCUAUUCUUCCUAGUUUCUCGAAAUUUCUGGAAAGAGUUAUAUAUAACCGGAUGUUAAAUUACCUAAAUAAAAAUAGUAUCUUGUCUGAAAACCAAUAUGGUUUUAGAAAAAACCAUUCCACUUCUUUAGCCCUGGUGGAUCUUUAUGAUAAAAUAUCACUAGCAAUUGAUCAAAAAGAGUUUGCAGUUGGUGUAUUUUUAGACUUAUCUAAAGCCUUUGACACUUUAGAUGACAAAAUACUUUUUGAAAAGCUUGACCAUUACGGAAUUCGUGGAUUAGCUUUGGACUGGAUGAAGAGUUAUUUCUCAAAUAGAACACAAUUCGUUCAAUUUAAUGAUUACUGUUCCUGUCCUAAUAAAAUACAAUGUGGGGUCCCACAAGGUUCUAUCCUUGGUCCGCUGCUCUUUUUUAAUUUAUAUCAAUGAUAUAAUCCAUGUGUCAAGUAUAUUGGAGCUUAUCUUAUUUGCGGAUGAUACAAACUUAUUUAUUUCGAAUAAAGAUCCAAUACAAUUAACUAAUAUUUUGAAUAUUGAAAUUAGAAAAUUGUCAGACUGGUUUAAAUCAAAUAAGCUUUCAUUAAACUUAGAAAAAACAAAAUUUAUUGUAUUUAAACCAAGACAAAAGAAAUAUAAUUAUACUUUUCAAAUAAUCAUUAAUAAUGAAUAUGUUGAGCAAGAGAAAGAAACUGUCUUUUUAGGGGUAGAGGAUAAUGAGGAAUUAUCUUGGAAAUCACACAUUUCGUAUGUAGCACGUAAAAUGUCUAAAUCCAUAGGAAUAAUGUUAAGAGCCAGUUUUUAUCUACUUAAGAAAUCCUUAUUCACUUUGUACUAUUCAAUUGUUUACCCGUAUAUCCAAUAUUGUAAUAUUGUUUGGGCUUCAACGUAUCCAAAUAAUCUUCAUCGUAUCAAUAUACUGCAAAAGCGAGCAAUUAGAAUUCUAAAUAAAUAUAAAUUUGAUGCACAUACAGAACCUUUAUUUAAGAACUGUUCUAUCCUUAAAGUUAAUGAUGUUCUUCUAUUUCAACUGAGUAAAUUUAUGUACUCUUAUCACAGUGGUCUUUUACCAAAUAAAUUUAAUGAUAUGUUUGUAUCAAAUUAUCAAGUCCACUCAUAUAAUAUAAGGAGUGCGAUGGCCAUUAGAACUCCAUUGUGUCGUACAAAUAUCCGACAAUUUUCUGUAAGAUUCCAGGGUCCAAAGUUUUUUAACUCACUACCUAUUGAUAUUAUUAAUAUUACUUCUUUUGUUUCUUUUAAAAGAAAAUUAAAAAAUUAUUUAUUAUAAAAUAAAUAAUUACCUUAUACAUUAAAAUGAUUUUUUUAUUUCUUAUAAAUCUAUAACGAAAUGAACGAAUAUUCUUCGUUACAGUGCGCCAAUAGAAUCAAGUGUGUACAUAUUUAUAAUUGGUGUGAAUUUAUAUUUAAUUAUUAUCCAUUAAUACCUACAUUCAUAUUGUCCAUAAUUUAUCAAAUCUUGAAAUGUUAUUUGAUAUUUAUAUAUACCCCUGAUAAAUGAGGAAGCUUAAAUUUACAUAAGCCUUUUGGUUUCUUUUUUAGGCUUCCUCGCCACUAUUAUCAUUAAUUAUUGUAAAUAAUUUCUUUUUUCUUUACAAAAUGUUGUAAUGGUGGAAAAUUAAAUUAUUAUUAUUAUUAUAUUAUUAUUAUUAUUAUUAUUAUUAUUAUUAUUAUAUUAUUAUGUUGAUUCCAGAGCAGUAUAUUUUUAAUAGACAUUAAAAUGCGCGUUAAUGGAUUUUUAAAAUCAUAUAUCGGAGCCUUAUGGCCAGAAAUUACGGACAUAAUCAAUUUCUUUCUGAAUUUCUUAUCAUAGAUCGAAAAGGUGGAUUGCACAACGCGAUGGUGUAAUCGACUAA